AUGCCACCUGACCGUAUGUUCCAUAAAGAUGUUCGAAAACUUAUCAAAGAUCAUGGUGAUCUUUCAGAUCAAAAGUCUAGAACUGAUAAAAGAGUUUAUCCAGGUGCCCUUAAACAUGUUCCUUUUGCAGUUAUGAAAUUGUUACAAAACACGCCUAUGCCUUGGGAACAAGUUCGCGAAGUACCGGUACUAUAUCAUGUCACAGGUGCUAUUACUUUUGUCAAUGAAGUUCCAAAAGUCAUCACACCUGUCUAUCAUGCUCAAUGCGCUUUGAUGUGGUUAUCGAAAAGACACAAAAAACACCAUCAAAGACAUUUCAGAAGGAUGUGUUUCCCUCCUUUUGGUGACGAAGAACCACCACUCGAUCACGGUGAUAACAUCCUCUUAUUCUUUAUGAGAGGUAUCGGACCUCUUUUGGAAAGAUGGCUAGGCUUCAUUUGGCUAGACAGUUCAAAGGUAGAAAUAGUAAAGGUGUUGCAAAGACUGUGA